UUUGUGCCUGGGAGUCUCCAGCUGACUGCCAAGGAAAUUUGCUAUCAAUUACACAUGUCUAAAGCCCAAUACUUUGUGGCCAGUGAUGCUAUGUUUCCACUCAUGGACUCUGCCAUGUUCGACUGCCCUACCUUGAAGACCAAGUUCCUGGUGUCAGAUAAGUGCUAUGAUGGGUGGUUGGAUUUCAAGGAGAUGAUUCAAGUUGUACCUCCAAAGCAGACCUUCAUGGGGACCAAAAGUCAACAUGCAAUGGCUAUAUUCUUCACCAAUGGGACAAUGGGAGCUUCUAAACUGGCCGAGUAUUCCCAGUAUGAUUUGGGAAUGGAAUUCAGCCAGGCUUCCAGAUAUUGGAUGGACCUCCAGCUAACAAGUAUUUUGUGUCUAAGUGAUGCCUUUGUUGGAUCUUUAUCUCUAAGUACUGCCUUGGGAGCUCAGCUCCAAGGAGCUGUGUUUCUAUGUCACAUGCCAAUUUUCUGUCCUGAGACUGUUCUAAAUGCUCUGUUCAGGUCUUCCACCACCACUCUAUCUGCAAAUCCACUGAUGUACCAGAAACUGCUUCAGCACAAGUGUUUCGCCAGCUACAGAUUUAAGAGUCUGAAGCUUUGUGUGGCUGUAGGAGGAUCCAUCAGCCCUGGGGUGACUGAGGACUGGAAACACAUCACAAAAUUGAAUAUCUAUGAAGGUUAUGGCAAGACAGCAACUGUAGGUUGA